GCGCCUGUAAAUGGAAAAUCAAUGAAGGCAGCUCUGUUCUGGAACCGACCGUCGGACUCGACGGGAAGGAUUCCACAGAGACCGCCAGGAAGCCCAGGGCUUGGAGUUCCGGCCACCCGGAGCCCGGGUCGGCCCCUGUCGCCACCUCGGAGCUCCACACACCUUGCAUGGGGGAGGCAGGCUGCUCCUAGUUACGCGCUCCAGGAGGCGCGCUCCGAGGGAAGCCGCCACCGCGCCGCCUCUGCCUCGGCGUGGAACAAACGGUUAAAGAUUUUGGGCAGCGCCUCGCGGGGGGAGGAGCCAGGGACCCAAUCCGCAAUUAAAGAUGAACUUUGGGUGAACUAAUUUGUCUGACCAAGCGAAGGAAGUUCCUGCAGAUGAAACGCAGGAAAUACGGUUUCAUCUACAAGACGCAUCUGUUUGGGAGGCCCACCGUGCGGGUAAUGGGCGCCGACAAUGUGCGGCGCAUCUUGCUCGGGGAGCACCGACUGGUGUCGGUCCACUGGCCCGCGUCGGUGCGUACCAUCCUGGGCUCCGGCUGCCUUUCCAACCUACACGACUCCUCGCACAAGCAGCGCAAGAAGGUAAUUAUGCGGGCCUUCAGCCGCGAGGCGCUCCAGUGCUACGUGCCGGUGAUCACCGAAGAAGUUGACAACUGCUUGGAACAGUGGCUGAGUUGCGGCGAGCGGGGCCUCCUGGUCUACCCACAGGUGAAGCGCCUAAUGUUCCGCAUCGCCAUGCGCAUCCUGUUGGGCUGCGAGCCCCGUCUGGCGAGCGGCGGGGACGCCGAGCAGCAGCUGGUGGAGGCCUUCGAGGAAAUGACUCGCAAUCUCUUUUCGUUGCCCAUCGACGUGCCCUUCAGUGGGCUGUACCGGGGCAUGAAGGCGCGGAACCUCAUACACGCGCGCAUCGAGGAGAACAUUCGCGCCAAGAUCUGCGGGCUGCGGACGGCGGAGGCGGACGGAGGCUACAAAGAUGCGCUGCAGCUGUUGAUCGAGAACUCACGGGAGAGGGGAGAGAGGCUGGACAUGCAGGCACUGAAGCAAUCUUCAACUGAACUCCUCUUUGGAGGACAUGAAACCACCGCCAGUGCAGCCACGUCUCUGAUCACUUACCUGGGGCUCUACCCUCAUGUUCUCCAGAAAGUGCGAGAGGAGCUGAAGAGUAAGGGUUUACUUUGCAAGAGCAAUCAAGACAACAAGUUGGACAUAGAAACUUUGGAACAGCUUAAAUACAUUGGGUGUGUUAUUAAAGAGACACUUCGACUGAAUCCUCCAGUUCCAGGAGGGUUUCGGGUUGCCCUUAAGACUUUUGAAUUAAAUGGAUACCAGAUUCCCAAGGGCUGGAAUGUUAUCUACAGUAUCUGUGAUACUCACGACGUAGCAGACAUUUUCACCAACAAGGAGGAAUUUAACCCUGACCGAUUUAUGCUGCCGCACCCUGAGGAUGCAUCCAGGUUUAGCUUCAUUCCAUUUGGAGGAGGCCUUAGGAGCUGUGUAGGGAAAGAGUUUGCAAAAAUUCUUCUCAAAAUAUUUACAGUGGAGCUGGCCAGGCAUUGUGACUGGAGGCUUCUAAAUGGACCUCCUACAAUGAAAACCAGUCCCACGGUGUACCCUGUGGACGAUCUCCCGGCGAGGUUCACCCGUUUCCAGGGGGAAAUCUGAUGGACGUGAAUGCCUAGACCUUGGACUUAUUGUAAAUGUACAUAUGAGUUUUUACAUAGUGUCAUGUUGAUUUUAUUAUAUUUAAUUUCUAAAUGUAUAUUAUAAUAUUUAUGUGUCUCUACUACAGUACCACAGUCUUUAAAUAUUAAAAUAAUGAAUUUUGUAUAGUUUCCAAAUAAAGUAAAAUUUGAAGGUGCUUGUCUUGUAUUUAAGAUUCUUGUGUGGUUUAAUAAUUGUACAUAUUAUAUUGAACCAGAUUUCUAAAUGUCUGCCUGCAUGGCUUUAUCUGUCAUCUCUCCAUAUCUACUAUCUGUGAGGAACCAACUUUAGCUGUUUUUUUUUUUCUCUUAACGGUUAUUACAGAAUAUAUAUGUGGAUGUGUGUUAGUGCAAAGGUAACUCAGGAAAUUCAAUUACCACAGGAAAAAUUACUAUUUGGAAAAUCUAUCAAAGUUAAUUUUACAUUUGGGGGAAGUUUAUUUUAGGGAAAGAUGACUUUGAAAAGAUGGCACUUUUAAUGUAACACCUUCAGUCAUAAACUUAUUAUGUUUAAUAAACAUAUCCAUGUUGUC